UCUUCUAAUUGUAGGUGUUCGAGAUGGUGUUCUUUGGCUAAUUGAUCGAUACAUGUGCGCCCAUGCAAUAUCCCUCAGCCAUCCUGGUAUCCGUUGCCGAUGUUUGGCGGCUUAUGGAGAUGCUGUUAGUGCAGUAAAAUGGGCCAGUCGACUUGGCCGCGAGCAUCAUGAUGAUCUAGCGCAAUUUAUGCUUGGGAUGGGUUAUGCUACUGAAGCACUUCAUUUACCUGGAUUAUCCAAGAGGUUGGAGUUUGAUCUGGCCCUGCAGAGCAAUGAUUUGAAAAGAGCACUUCAGUGCCUUCUAAUAAUGAGCAACAGCAGAGAUAUUGGGCAAGAAACUCUUGGAUUGGAUCUGAACGAUCUUAUGAACAUGACAAAGAAGAAGGAAAAUGUUGUUGAAGCUGUUCAAGGAGUAGUUAAAUUUGCCACGGAGUUUAUGGAUCUCAUUGAUGCUGCAGAUGCGACAGCACAAGCUGAGAUUGCUCGUGAAGCUCUUAAAAGACUAGCAGCUGCUGGUUCCAUAAAGGGAGCUCUACGAGGUCAGGAAUUAAGAGGCGUUGCUUUACGGCUUGCAAAUCAUGGGGAGUUAACACGACUCAGUAACUUGGUAAACAAUUUGAUAUCAGUUGGUGCGGGACGGGAGGCUGCAUUUGCAGCUGCACUUUUGGGAGACAAUGUACUUAUGGAGAAAGCAUGGCAGGAAACUGGGAUGCUUGCUGAGGCUGUACUACAUGCACAUGCUCAUGGGCGACCUUCAUUGAGAACCUUGGUCCAGUCGUGGAACAAAACGUUGCAGAAGGAGAUGGAACACACUCCAUCAAUGAAAACUGAUGCAGCAGCUGCAUUUCUGGCCUCUCUCGAGGGACCUAAGCUCACGAGUUUGGCAGAUGCUGCAAAGAAGCCACCAAUUGAAAUACUGCCACCUGGUAUGGCAUCUCUAUAUGGUCCUAAUCCCGGUCAAGCCAAACCUCUUUUGGGGAAACAGGGCCUUCCACAACCUGGCAAACCACUACUUUUAGAAGGAUCUAAAACGACAGCACCAAUUGCUUCUGUUCCUGCUGGAAGCGACACAACUGCAACAUCAGAAUCAGGCGGCCCUCCUAAAUCAGAAAAUGGGGCUUCAACUACACCGGAAUCAAGUAAUCCACCUGCGGCGGACUCUGGUGCUGCACCUGCGACAGAAACCACUGCUGCACCUGCGACAGAAACUGGUGCUGCACCUGCGUCAGAGACUGGUACUGCACCUGCGACAGAAACUGGUGCCGCUGCUGCAGAAUCAAUUACAACCCGAGCAUCAAACUCGGAUGCUUCAGUUGCAGCUGAAUCAAUUGUUCCUGAUCCACUAGCAUUGAAUGAAAAGCCUUCAGACAAUCAGGCCUUGGUCUUAUCAACAUCAGCUGCUGUAGAACCAUCUACAACAGGUGAAAUUGUUCCAUCGACUUCAGCCACGGGUCCAACCCCUGCACCAGAUAAUAAGAAACCAAGUGUUCCUGAUGAACCUUUAAUGAUUGAUUUUUCUUGACGUGCUUUGUAUACUCACCUUUCCCAUGCAGAUUCUCUGCGUAUACGCGGUAUGGUUCCUUGCAUUACAGUUCUUUUAAUAGUGGAAUAGUCUCUUUACUCCUUUUGUCCUUUUAAAGCAAUACGCAUGUUGCAGUUGAAGCUGCCUGGUCAUUGAUAGGAUUGUUACCUUAUGUGUUAGGUCGGUUUUCUUAUUAUUUGUUUGUCCUGUCUCUUCCUUAUUCUUUAAUGAUAUAAUUACGAGAAAGUUCACAAGGGUGUUUCUGCACCAGUUUUUA